AUGUCGGCCACUUCCAUUAUCAGUUCGGGCUCUGAGACCCUGGAUGCGUGGACUCGUCGCUCGCCGCCCAAAGUCAUGAUUGACUUGGCUGGACAAAAGUCAGGCAUGGUCAAUUCAUACACCACGGGCGAAAGCAUUGAUGGGACGGUUACUAUCAGUAGUGACCAUGACACGCGUUUUGAUGAAAUUGAAAUCAUCUUUGAAGGCAUGUCGCGAACCACAGUGGAGCGUGCAUCAUGCCCCGGCCGUACAGGAUCUCAACAGAUGUUCCUCAAGUUGCGCCAACCGAUUGAUGAGACUGAAUAUCCCGCCCCUCGUAUGCUCGAGGCCGGCCGUUCAUACCAAUUUCCCUUCACCUUCGUUGUCCCAGAUCGCUUGCUUCCCCAGGUCUGCACGCACGCCAAGAGCAAUGCCCACAUUGAACAAUCCCACACUUUGCUCCCACCGACAUUGGGAGAUCCCAUGCUCGCCAGCAAUGGCAAGACACUAUUGGAUGAUAUGGCACCGGACAUGGCACAGAUUGCGUACAUUAUUCGUGUGGCCGUGCUGAAGAAGCAGCAAGUGGGAAACGCACUCAAGUCCCUCAGCACCGUGGCCAAGAAGAUCCGUGUGAUCCCAACUGUCGAUGAAGAGCCACCCGUGGAGAUUCCCCCCAACUCUUCCUUGUGCACACGCAAAGAGAAGAGCGUGAAGCGGGGAACCUUGCGCGGCAAACUUGGCCGUCUUGUCGCUGCAUCAUCGCAGCCAAAGCCUAUCCAAUUGCUUCCUCCAAGCUGUCAGCCCAAGGAUACUGUCAGUACCGUGGCCACCGUGAACUUGCGCUUUGAUCCCAUCGCAGACGAGAAACCACCCCGCCUCGGAUCAUUGACCAGCAAGCUCCGCGCAAACACUUUCUUCAGCUCCUCGCCAUGGGAAGAUUUCCCCAGCUCGACUGGCAUGCCUUUUGCCCAAAUCGGCCGUGGUCUGUACAGCGAGAACGUGCACCUCUCCACCUUGUGCGUGGAAUCCGCACAGUGGACCAAGCAAUCAACAGAUCAAUCACUCCGCCGCGAUUCUGACGCUUCUUCCUCUUCAGCUGGAUCAGUAGACUCAGCGGGUCCAUCCUCUGAUUUCAACGGAAACACUUAUUACACCGCAUCAGUCGUCAUUCCAGUCACCCUCCCCAAAGCUAAAGCUUUCGUCCCAACCUUCCACUCCUGUCUCAUGUCCCGUACCUACGCCUUGGAUAUCUCUAUAUCCUAUCAUACACCCGCGACCAAUGUGAUCACACCAACCAUCUCCCUCAGCCUCCCGGUGCAAUUCACCAGCCAAAGCAAAUAUGCCGAGUCUCUCAAGUCAUCUCUCGGUGUGACAGUCACGCAAGAAGAAGUGGAUGAAUUCUUCCACCCUCGCAACGUCACCUCUCUAGCAAAUCUCACUGAUAGUCCGGUCAGGGAUGUUGUUGUGAAUUUGGAGCUCGCCCCACCCGAAUACUCGGAGAGAAUUGGUGCUCCGAUGUCGCGGAGUGUGCGAGCUACCAAUUAG